CCUACCGAUUACACUUAGGUACGUUACAGCUGGCAACAGCUUCUCAGCACGUGCAAGAUUUCUAAGGACCCUGCUGUUGGAUGCGAUAAGUUUAGGAUCGAGUAACUGAUAAAACUGUUACUUACAUACAACUCACGACUCGGACAGCUUCCAUGUAAUUGGACAAUGAGAAGGAAUCUGGACUCUUUGGUGUUUAGCGACUUAUAGGCAGAUCUUUCGAAUUUCACUUCCGUAUUCUAAGUGUCGAUGCGAGUAGAGUCGAGUCGAUUUACACGAGCCUUGCCGACUUCUAAUCCCUUAUUGCGCGACGGUGAUAAUAUCUACAGCCGCCCUUAAUCUGCCACAUACCACUUCUGAACCGAGUGUCGCCUCUUUAGGCGAGAAUGAGUCGAGAUGAGCAACUGAGUAAAAGCAACAUGGAAUCAGAGCUUGCGCCCGAGUCGAGUAGCUUGGGUCUCCCGCUACCCCAAAGCGCAACAACGAGGAACAAGGCUGUGAAUACCGAUGUUCAGGUGCCCAACACGCACUUUCGAAGUCGACCGGUAACAGUAGCUGUCGACCCAGCUGCCUUGGUCAUAUCAGAAUGCAUAUCGGUCUCUUCUGCCAUGCGAAAGCAUGCUCGAUGGGCGGGCUCGUCGGUAUCCUCUAUACUAGGUGGCAACCCUAAUCCUGUUCAGCUGGGCCCGCCUAGCCCUCUCUUGCGGCCAGGAAGCAAAAGCUCUGCAACGAGCCAGGGAAUCGAUGGUGCGCAGGACUUUGCUAUCGCGAACCGGUGGGGUUUGCGGGGAAAGAAGGGGAAGAGCAUGCAGGAUAAUCCCCUAAUGGCUGGCUUUGGUCGUCUUCGCCAUGAGCUAUCAAACUGCAAAGAUAUCCACAAGUUCGAUGCUCCGGCGUUACUCAAUCCCUUCCUCCAAGUCAUACAGGCUUCCUCGACCUCUGCCCCUAUAACCAUCUUAGCACUAAAAGCGAUCCGGAAAUUCCUCUCUUAUGGGUUUAUAAAUCCUAGCUCUCCGCGAUUCCCACUUGCUAUGCAAUCCCUGUCGACUGCAAUAACACAUUGCCGGUUUGAAGCGAGCGACUCUGCUCAGGACGAGGUUGUACUACUUAUGAUCUUGCACCUGAUGGAGGAUAUGCUGUCUGGUCCGGGCGGCGAGUUGUUAAGCGACGAGAGUGUUUGCGAAAUGAUGGAGACUGGCCUAACUAUGUGCUGCCAGUCGCGAUUAUCCGAGCUCCUCCGAAGGACGGCCGAAGCGGCUAUGGUCCGUAUGUGCCAGAUCAUUUUCGAGCAUCUUAAAUAUCUAGAAGUCGAAGCUGGCGAUGACUUGGAAGCCUUAGAUCACCAGGCAAACGGGGAUAUGGAAGGCGUAAAAAUGGUCCCCUCGACUAAUGGAAACAAUGUUAUCGCGUCAUCUGAUGCCCCUGGUGGCGAACCGCGAGAGUCGUCCGGAUCAGAGAAUACUCCUCAAAAUGUAGAAGAAAGGUCCGCGAUAGAACCCUCAGAGCCUGACGAUUCUCUCGACAUCAAACCGUACUCAUUACCGUCUAUGAAGGAGUUGUUCAGGGUUCUCGUAGACUUAUUAGACCCUCACGACAAGCAGCAAGGUGAUACAAUGAGAGUCAUGGCGCUACGUAUUAUUCACGUUGCCUUGGAAGUUGCUGGGCCAUCUAUAGCGAGACACCCAGCCUUAGCCGUCGUCGCCGAAGAUCGGUUAUGCCGACACCUGUUUCAACUCGUCCGAUCUGAUAACAUGGCUAUUCUCCAAGAGUCUCUCAUCGUAGCUGGGACACUACUGGAAACUUGCCGAGGGGUCUUAAAACUACAACAGGAGCUCUUCUUAUCUUACCUUAUCGCGUGUUUACACCCACCGGUCGAAAUCCCUCGCGAGGAGAAUAUUGAUCCUUCGCUUUAUGAUGGAAUUCCGCAAAGGCCAAGCGGGGUAAAACCACCUCCGUCGCAAGCUGGUAGUGGCAGGUCGACACCGGUGCCGGUUAAGGACCGGCAAAAGUUAGGUAUGGAAGGUGGUGCACGAAAGCCGGAUGCUCGUCAAGCCAUGGUUGAAAGCAUCGGGGCUCUCACCCGGAUGCCGACAUUCCUAGUUGAGCUAUUUGUUAACUAUGACUCUGACGCGAAUCGUGGGAAUCUAUGCGAAGACAUGAUAGGAUUGCUUUCGAGAAGUGCUCUGCCCGACUCUGCGACAUGGAGCACAACUAGCGUACCACCCCUUUGUCUCGAUGCACUUCUUGGCUUCGUCCAGUCCAUAGCCGAUCGUCUUGACGAAGAGCCAGUCACGGAGGGGUUACCAGAUCAAGCGACUCUCCGAGAAGAAAGACGAAGGAAGAAGGUUAUCAUUAAGGGCGCGACUAAGUUCAAUGAAAAACCAAAGGAAGGCCUAGGAUAUCUUAAGGAGCAAAAGAUCAUUACCGAUGACCCAGCAUCAGCUGCCCGAUUUUUCCGAACUACGUCCCGAGUCUCCAAGGCGGUCAUCGGCGAAUUUAUAUCGAAAAGGGGUAAUGAUGAAUAUCUUAACGCCUUUUUGGAUCUUUUCGAUUUCUCCGGCAAGCGUGUCGACGAAGCAGUGCGACUUCUUCUCGAGAGUUUCCGACUCCCUGGCGAGUCACCGCUUAUCGAGCGGAUAGUGACUGCCUUCGCGAAGAAGUACUUUGCAACUUCAGGCUCUGAUAUUGUUGCGAGCGAGGAUGCUGUGUUCAUUCUCACGUAUGCUAUCAUCAUGCUAAAUGUUGAUCAGCACAGCCCAAAGCUCAAGGGCUCGAAGCGCAUGGAGCUCGUAGAUUUUGCGCGCAACUUGCGCGGCGUUAAUGGAUCUAAGGAUUUCCCUCCCGAAUACCUCGAACUGACUUUCGAGGCCAUCAAGUCCGACGAGAUUAUUCUUCCGGAUGAACACGAUAACCAGCAUGCCUUUGACUAUGCAUGGCGAGAACUACUCCUCAAAAGUGAAUCCGCCGGCCCGUUGGUACUUUGCGAUACCAAUAUUUACGAUGCCGAUAUGUUUGCCACAACAUGGAAACCGAUUGUUUCGACAUUAUCAUACGUAUUCAUGUCGGCAACGGACGAUGCCGUAUUUUCCCGAGUAGUUACGGGGUUCGACCAAUGUGCGCAGAUUGCGUCCAGAUAUGGUAUCACAGAAGCAUUAGAUCGUAUUAUCCAGAAUCUUAGCUAUAUGACUACGUUAGAUACCGAUGGUCUAUCAAGUACGGCUCUCAACACGGAAGUAAAGGUAUCGGAUGAUAGUGAUAGCGUUAUGGUUAGCGAACUCGCCGUUAAGCUCGGCAGGGACUUCAAAGCGCAGCUUGCUACACUCGUCCUGUUCCGUGUCGUAAAGGGGAGCGAAGAAGUCAUCCGCAAGGGUUGGCAACACAUCAUACGUAUCUGGUUGAAACUAUUCGUCAACUCCCUUAUUCCCUCCUCGUUCUUUAAUAAAAAUUUUGAGAAGUUAAAUCUCCCCAAAAUUCCACUUCAUACCCCUUCUCAAGUCAUUGAUCGAGCGGCGAAAACUGCCGAUACAGGCCUCAUGUCGGUCUUGUCUUCGUACAUCUCUAGCUAUGCAGCUGAUGAUCCGCCGGAACCAUCUGCUGAAGAGGUCGAAAGUUCGUUAAGCACAGUUGAUUGCAUCAAAGCCUGUGAUCUAGAAAGUGUCUUCGCGAAUAUCUCGGCCCUUUCAGCAGAUUCGUUAUCACCGCUUCUCGAAGCUCUUUUGGAUGAACUACCUGAUGACGAAAGUUCGGCCGUACCUGUCAUCACAGUGAAACCAGAGAGUCUCCCUUCUUCACCCACCAGUGGAUCUAAAACUCCUUCCAAGAAGCCUACUUAUGAUCCCGCAGUAGUAUACAUCCUGGAAUUUUGUACCGUGCUUGCAUUAAGAGAUAAUGAAACAGUUGAACAUCUCGGCAAACCCGUUGCGGAAGCUUUGCAGAUGAUAUUACGAGACUCCCCUCAACACCAUCCUAUCCUCGUUUCGCGAGCAGCUUUCUAUCAAUUUAGCGUAUUAAGGGCCAGCUAUGAUCACGACUUUGUACGAGCACCUGUACUACUGCACGCUAUAUCUAGUUUCCCUAAAGAAACUCUUGUGAAGACGUCACAGUUAGUUCUACAAGGGCUAAAGCUUUGCAUCGAUCAGCCGGGACCUCUGCGAAGCGAGAUUAUGACUUCACCCGAUUUCUGGCUCAUCCUACGUACCCUUGCUGGUAACCCCAAUGCGUCUUCUACCGUCUUCGAGAUCCUCGAAGGUGGAGUGUCAGGUUCGCCAUCAGCAAUUAUUGCGGAUAACUACGAGGCCGCAAUUGGCCUGCUCAAUGAGUAUGCUACCGCUGCUAAAAUCGGCGCAGUUGUACAGCAGAAGGGCGAAAGGAGGCAGAGGAAUGCUCGACCACCGAAGAAGGAGGCCUCAAGUGAUAAUGCCGUGGUUUCACGGGGCGUAAAAGCCGUUAACCUCAUUUCCAGCAUGACGGCUCGUAUUCCUCACUUGAUGAAACAAUCACAUCUUGAGAAUAGCGAGGCAUGGUCGGCAUACUGGCUACCCAUUUUUAAAGCUCUAACAACACAGUGCACUAAUCCGUGCCGUGAAGUACGGUCUCUAGCAUUUUCGUCGCUUCAGAGAUCACUCCUAUCGCCCGAGCUGACCUGUAGCGACCACGAAGAAUGGACUGCCAUUUUCGGCGAGGUCUUGUUCCCUCUAAUCUUGAGGCUCUUAAAGCCAGAAGUCUAUUCUUCUGAUCGAGAUGGCAUGAGCGAGACAAGGGUGCAAGUCGCGUCUCUUCUCUGCAAGACAUUCCUGCAGUACCUCGUGCUUCUCUCCAAGUGGGACGGCAUGCUUGAUCUGUGGUUGAAAAUAAUCGAUAUCAUGGAUAGAUUAAUGAAUAGUGGCCAAGGCGAUAGUUUGGAGGAGGCUGUCCCUGAAAAUCUGAAAAACGUGUUGUUAUUCAUGUCGAGUAGCGGAUACCUUGUUCCUCCAAGCAAGGACCCAUCACAGGAGAACUUAUGGGUGGAAACGUGGAAACGAAUAGACCGUUUCCUACCGGACCUGCGCAACGAGCUGGCAUUAGAAGAACCGGAGCCCUUGUCGGAAGAAAAGCAAUCGACUACAGAAGAGCCAGUUAAAGAGCAGCCAACUGAAGAGAAAAGUAAUAGCCAGGAGGAAGUUACGGCAGCUUAAAUACUAGCCGAGAGAUAUCCAUAGCUGAUAGAACAAAAGCUAAAGACCAUAGGUUGCGUGUCUAGUGCAUUGCUAGAAUAGAGCACGCCGAUAUGAUGGAUUGUAUAAUAGAACGACUUAGAAGGGUAGAAUUACCCAUGCUGUGGAAAGUAGCUACAUAUAAUCAGAGCCCUAAAUACGGUAAA